UAAACUGGAUCACUUUGUCAAGAAACGCUGUCCAGCUUUAGCUUAAUUUUAAGAGAAACCCCUUGAUCUCGCACUCAGGAUGCCAUGCCACAAUCAGCAACUGAACAAUGUCAACACUGGCCAGGAGCAUCCAAUGAAGCAAGUACGAUUUGCAAACAACAACAACAACAGCAGCAGCAGCAGCAGCAGCAGUAGUAAUGUGCCUGCAGUGCUGUCAGACUCUGAACCAACUGAUGCCACCAUACAACUUGGCCAAGAUAACCUGGGACCUCAACUUAAACUGCUCCCUCUGAAUGACCAGAUCCGUGAAUUACAGACUAUAAUCAGAGACAAGACAACCAGCAGGGGAGACUUUGUGUUUUGUGCUGAUCGAUUGAUCCGACUAGUAGUUGAAGAGGGUUUGAAUCAGCUCCCGUACUCAGAGUGCACUGUGACCACGCCAACAGGGUACAAGUAUGAAGGUGUCAAGUUUGAAAGAGGCAACUGUGGAGUCAGCAUAAUGAGGAGUGGUGAGGCCAUGGAGCAGGGUCUGCGGGACUGCUGCCGCUCCAUACGCAUUGGCAAGAUCCUCAUCCAGAGUGAUGAGGAGACACAGAAAGCCAAGGUCUACUAUGCCAAGUUCCCUCCAGAUGUGUACAGAAGAAAAGUGCUGCUCAUGUACCCCAUCCUUAGUACCGGGAACACUGUGAUUGAGGCGGUGAGGGUGCUGAUAGAGCACGGAGUCCAGCCCAGACAUAUUAUCCUCCUCAGCCUGUUCUCCACGCCUCACGGAGCCAAAUCUAUAAUCCAGGAGUUCCCCGAUAUCACCAUCUUGACCACAGAGGUCCAUCCAGUAGCUCCGACACAUUUUGGACAGAGGUACUUUGGCACUGACUAAACAGAGGACAACCGGAGGAGCAUGACCUGCAAAUUGUUUUGAGUAUUCAUGUCUUGUUAAUUUGAAUGCGUCUCAUGUUCUCCUUGUUAUGCCAAAUGCUGCUACCUAAUCUCCAAAGUCCCUAAACUGAUACAAAAUGAUUAAUCUGAUCAAUUGUAUUUAUGUUUUUGUUGAUGUUGCUGUGUAAACUCGUGCUAAAGAAAGAAAACAGCACUGAACCAUAUAAAGAGUUCCACUUGGAUCACUUUAUUUUGCAUGUUACAACUGAUGGAAAAUAAAUAAUUUAUAUUUGUUAAAAGACAGAACAGCAAACAGUAUCAGUACUUUUGGUGGUGGUGUUAAUAAAAGGGAAGUGCCACAUAACAUACUCCAAAGACAACUCAAAAGGGACCAUACUGUAUGUGCUCGAGCAAUAUUGAACUCUAUAUCAAACAAAACUGUUAUAAUAAUCCUACUAUUUGAUAAAAGCACAUCGCUUUGAUAGUUUAUUUUAAGUAUCACAUGAUGGAGCAAAUUAUACAGACACUCACUGCAGCAGUUAUGAUUCAGUAAACUCAAUACACAGGAAAAAAGAUGAAGAUUAUAACAGUAAAUAGACACCAGACUACACGAAACACUCAACAUCCACAUUUUUUCUGAUGUUUUAUACAUGCUUCCAAAUACUGAAUCAUACCUUGGAUU